AUGUACUUGCAAACUGACAUUUUUUUUCAGAGUGAGAAUUUUAUCUUUAACACCGUAAGUCAAACAACUUCCGGUAUAAUUUAUUUAGCGUUAACCAUGGCUCGAUAUUCAGACAGUGAUGAUGACAGAAAGAAACAUAAGAAGAAAAAAAAACAUCGUUCACGUUCAAGAUCUGCUGACAGUACCUCGUCUUAUGACAGCCACUACCACAAAAAAUCAAAAAGCCGCAAGAAGCACAAACGUAAAUCACAAAGUCCGUCUUCCACUUCUCACUCAAGCAGCCGACGAAGCCGAUCAAGGGAUCACUCUAGUCGAAGAUCAAGAUCACAGUCUCGAUCCAGAGAGAGAGACUAUGACCGCUACCGUGACCGAGAAUGGGAGAAAUCACGAGAUCGAGACAGGUCGAAAGAAAGAGACCGUGAUAGGUAUCAAAGGUCAAGAAGUCAGGACAGGCACUCCAGUUCAUCAAAGUUGGAUUGGAGAUCCAAGCGAUCAAGGUCCAGGUCUCGCGGAUCCAGACGAUCUAGAUCCAGAUCUCGGGGGUCCAGGCGAUCGAGGUCCAGAUCUCGUGGGUCCAGGCGAUCGAGGUCCAGAUCUCGUGGGUCAAAGCGAUCGAGGUCCAGGUCUCGGGGCCACAGGUCAAGAAGUCGAGGUCGAUCACGUUCAUCAUCUUUGGACAGAAAAUCGCGAAGAAUAAAAAGGUAUGAUAAGAGCAGUUAUCAUUCCAAGAAAUCUGAGAGUCCUGAAAUUAAGCAAGAAAUUAAAGAAAACAAAAAAGAUGACCUUUGUGCGAAAAUUCCAGGUUUUGCUGAGAUGGAACCCAGUGAGCAGGCCAAAAUUCGACUGAAAAUGGCAUUGCAAGCUGCAGCUGCAGCUGAUGAACAACUCCGCAAAAUGCAGGAGCAAUCCAACUUGACUCUGGAGCAGCGAACAAUCAAAGAACAGCCAAAUUUUGCUGAGAAGGUUGAGAGUAUAGAGAGCGCUGCCUUCACACAGUCAGCUUUUCAGUCAGGGUCCCUGCCUGGACGUGCCAAACAGUCCCAACAGAAGGAAUUACCUGAAGACAAAAGCCACGAUGAUGCAAUAUUUGGAAUGCUCUCUAAUAACAAACUUGAAGAUAAAAUCAAUACAGAUUCCCUCUCAGAGAAAAUUCCAUCUCAUGUUGAUAUUGACACAUAUGCACACCCUAGUUUAUUUGUUGAUGUGAAUGAAAAGAAAAAACGAUGGAUCCAAAAACUUUGUGCAUUCAGGAAAAAGAAGUUGACUGGAGUUGUUCUUACUUGA